AAUCAAAAAAACUGUGCAGCAUAUUUUCUUGUUAGUUCGUUUCAUUAUACUAGUAUAUUGUGCGUAUAAUUACCACAGAAUCAGUAUCGGUAAGCUGUAUAUUGUAAAACUCGAGACCUUUUACCGAAAACAACGCUCUACAAAAUAUUAUACGUAAAAACAAUGAUUUCAUCGCUUCUUAGAAAAGUUAAAAUAGAUACUCAAUUGGUCCGAUCGUUUUCAGUUUCAAAAUUACGUUUUGGACCGUCAAGUUCAGCAGAAGGGCAAGAACUACAGCUUACCUAUCUUACCGAAGAUGACAAACAAGGUAUAGCAAUUUUAGGAUUAAAUCGUCCUAAGGCGAGGAACGCAUUUAGUAAUUCACUAGUAAAUAAGCUGUUAGAAGCCAUCGACGUAUUGGCUCAUGAUAAAAACGUUCGAGUGGUAAUUCUUCGGAGCUUGGUACCGGGAAUUUUCUGCGCUGGAGCAGAUUUAAAAGAACGCGUUACCAUGAGUCCUCAAGAAGUAGGACGUUUCGUUUCAAAGCUUCGACUGAUGAUGACCAGUAUAGAUCAUAUGCCGGCUCCUGUUAUCGCGGCAAUGGAUGGUCCUGCUCUUGGUGGAGGAUUAGAAAUGGCAUUGGCCUGCGACAUGAGAGUUGUUUCAACCAACGCAAGUCUCGGAUUGGUUGAGACUAAGUUGGGUAUAAUCCCUGGAGCUGGAGGUACUCAGCGUUUGCCAAGGAUCUUAAAUCCAGCUGUUGCGAAAGAACUAAUCUUCACUGCACGACAAGUCAGUGGCAAAGAAGCUCAUGCUUUGGGUAUCGUGAAUCAUGCCGUAGAGCCGAAUGAUUGCGGAGAUGCUGCAUACCAGAAGGCAUUGGAAAUAGCGAUGGAGAUCGUUCCGAAUGGACCAGUUGGAGUAAGAAUGGCGAAACGAGCCAUUGACAAAGGGCUACAGGUCGAUUUAGCAACAGGGUGUGCCAUUGAAGAAUCUUGUUAUGCACAAGUUAUUCCUACAAAAGAUCGCUUGGAAGGCCUCAAAGCGUUUUCGGAAAAGAGGAAACCAAAAUACAUUGGAGAGUAAUUCUUGUGACUUGAAUAGUUUAUGUAGUUAAGCACUUCAAGGCAGGGAAGUUCCGUUAUGUGAUACCAACGUGCAUUUAACUUAUGAUCAGGAAUUUGAUAUUUCAUUACGAGAUCAAAGUAGUUAUUUUAUAUACAAUGAAUGCUUUACAGUCAAACUGUUACUACCUAAAUUUUAAGAAGUUCUUUUAACUGGUGUAUGGUGUCAUCUGGGCAGCUUACUUUAUGUCCAAUUGUUCGGGAAUCCAUGUAUAUUUCAUAAUCAUUGCCACCCGGAUCAGUCUUAUCACCGAAGAAAUGAAUUUCCUUGAAACUGAUAAGAGAAUUAAUAUUUGCAAAUUGUGAUUUCCAA